CCGGUUUCAGUGCUGCGUUAUCUGUGGUAUGGUUUGUUGUUGUGUAACACGCGUUUUACCGAGUGUUAUUUCUGUUUGCAAGACCGUGUGCACGGUUUAGCGUAGUCCGGCCAUGUCAGCCAUACGCGACAACACUCGCGUGUUGCGCGCACUGCGUGAGUUGGAAAACAUGUUCGGUUCCCGUGAAGCGGAUUCCACUGGUAGUGUCGACGACACAAUCGCACGUCGGCUCUCAUUUGGCGAAAGCAUGUCGGAAACUCGGAUUGACACUAGCAGUACCUCAGAAACAAAGUCAGCUGAGGCUGAAAUUAGAGCACUGAAGGCGGAGCUGCUUUAGUGCAGAGCAGAGAUCACUCGACUCACCAUGCAAAAGGAAGAGGAGGAGCCCGCACGAAAGACUAUUGUUCUCGGCUACACGCUAGAGCUGGACACACUUCAGGAGCACUUGCAGAAAGAGCGAGAUGUGAAUGCUGAGCUGAAGCAGCAGGUGAUCAAGGCCCUGGAGAAAGAAGCCGAGGACCGGGCAGAGAUUGCACAGCUGCGGCAGCAAAUGAAGAACCGCAUCUCAGAACUGGAGGAGCGGUGGCAACGCUCCCAGGCGCUCUGUCUUGACCUUCAGCAGCAGCUAGAUCAGACAAAAGAGUCUGCCCAGGAAACCACAUUCGCACUAGAAGAAGAAGUCCAAAGGCUAUCAGCGAGCCAAGUGAUGAUCCGCACCUCUCUUGAAGAAGCCAAGGACCAAGCAGAAAUACUGAAAAGGCAUAUUCGCGAGAAGGAGCUUCUCAUCUCCCAUUUACAAAGUGAAAAUUCUGAGCUUCGAAAGUCUGAAAGCAAAGCAAGGGAGCUCCAACGACGUCUCGAUGAGCUGAAGCAGGUGGAGGAACUCUCUCGUAUAAUGAGGGAUGAGCUGAAACAGUUACCGCUUGUCGAAAAAGAACGGGCAAAGCUUCAAGAGGAAGUCGAGCAGCACCGGCUGGCCCGUAUGAAUGUGCACUUGAUACAGGAACGCUUGUUAGCAGCUCAGCACAAAACAGCCAAGGUAAAGGAGCUGCAAACGCUCAACACUCAGCUACAGGUGAAUGUGGAGCAGCUUCAAGAACAACUGGAAAAAUGGAAGGAAUUGGCCGCUGAACCGCAUGGUCUCGUGAGUCCAACAGCAGUGCUGCAGUGCCUGGCUGAUCUGCGGCACUCUGAGUUGGCUCUGACAGAACGACAGUCAAAGUUAUUAGCAGAGAAUGAAACACUGCGAAGCAAAGCAGAGACCAGCAGCCAAGAACUUCGUCGAACGAAUGCCAAGUUGUGAAGGUCCAGUCGCAGUUUGACGAGCAGACAGCGUUG